AUGCAAGCCGAGGCGCACGCCGUGCACCUCGCUUACCGGGCGCUGGCGGCACACCUUCGUAGCAUCCGCCUCCACGUGUAUGUGGAUAAUGCCUCGGUAGGGUAUUCGCCCCGAAAACGACUCGCCAAGGCGACAGCCAUCGCCGCCGCGCUCCAGGCGAUCGAGCUUUUCGAGCGUGAGGUGAACGUGCACGCCACCUACACCUACACCCGGUCGGGUCUCAACCCCGCGGACGCGCCGUCGAGAGGCCGCCGCUUGACCGAUUUUGACUGGGCGAAUCAGUCAAAAACCUUCAAAUGGACACUGAGAUACAAAUCCGGCGACACGAUCCGCCAAAACUGAUGAUCACCUGAACUGUCUCUCUCUCUCUCUCUCCUCUCCCCUUCUCUCAUCUUGCGUUAGACAGUAGAACCGACUACGUGUAUUCUCCGCAAACGCAUCAGUGUUUAAGAGUUUCUUACGUCCUGCACCUUGGAUAGAAUAACGAUUAUGUUGUACAAUUUGAAUCAUCUUCUACCUAACCUUUACUUUCAUCCUAUUUCUCACCUUCCCCUUUCCCUCCCUCAGUGAUCGACAAUUACUGUUGCGUAGUUAGUUUUCCUCUGUUUUGGUAAACCCCAAACACGUCCGCACAGUUCCUGUGUUGGUGGAACGCGGCGUGAACUUUUUGUUUACUUCUUUUCUCAUUCUCACCGCGGAAUCACGCCGGCAAAUACUUUUCUUUUCUACUUACUUCGUUUUUUCGACCCCUAGUAGAAGCCCAAAAAGUGGUGUCUUCUUUUUCUCGUUCUCCUC